AUGGAUUCAUCAAAUGUAACAGGUGAAGAUUUUGUUAUUGAUGAUGCUGCUUUAUAUGAAUCAAUUCGUAAAUCAUUUACACGUGAUCGAUUUGAUCAUUAUGUAAAUGGUAUUUGUGGUUUAUUUAUUUGUUUUCUUGGUAUAAUAAGUAAUGCAGUUAGUUUUUCAAUAUUAAUUCGUCGAACAAUGCGUCUUUCAACUUAUGUUUAUUUAGCUGGUUUAUGUUUAAGUGAUUUUACAACUUGUCUUUUUCUUAUACCAGAUUAUAUAUUACAUGCAUAUCCAAUAAAUAUACUUGAUCAUGAAUUACCACGAACUCAUACUUAUACACAAAUACUUAUUAUAACAGGUGCAAUUAGUACAACAGCUCGUGCUCUUAGUGUAUGGCUUUGUGUAUCUUUUACAAUUGAUCGAUGGAUAAUGAUAUGUCGACCAUUUGAUGGACCACGUUAUUGUACAAUGAAAACUGCUAGACGUGUUACAUUAAUAAUAUAUAUUGUUGGACUUUUUUAUGUUAUUCCACUUAUGUUUGAAUAUGAAGUACAUGAAGAAACAGUUUUAUCUGAUUUAUUUUUAGAAGAUCAUAAUAUUAAAUUUUAUCGUUAUAAAUUUAGUUCAUUAGGAAAAAAUUACAUUUUUCGAUGGACUUAUGCUUCAAUUAAUGCUCUUGCUGUUUAUCUUAUUCCAUUAACAAUUAUUAUUAUACUUAAUAGAAAAUUACUUUUAUCUAUUCGUUUAUUAGAACGUCGAUCAGCUGAAUAUAAUGCACCAUUACCAACUAAACAAGGUAAUUUUAUUUAA